AAACAUUUUUGGAAGAGUUCUGGAGGAAGAACGAAUCAAAAGAAGAAGAGUGACGAAGGUGUGCGGUCAGGAGGUGGCCAUGUUUCUCCAGGAGUCCGAUGUUCGCUCCGUCAGCCUCCCGUCCAAUCAGGAGUCUGCAGUCCAGUCCGCCAGCUGCUCGACCAAUCAGGAGUCUUCUCGUUAAAACCAGAGGAGCUCGUUUCACCCGAAGGAGACCCCGCCCUCGGUGAUGUGAUGAAUAAGUUUGAAGUCCUUGGCAUUGUGGGAGAAGGUGCGUAUGGCGUGGUGCUGAAAUGCAGACACAAGGAAACCAACGAGCUGGUGGCCAUUAAGAAGUUCAAAGACAGUGAAGAAAAUGAGGAGGUUAAAGAAACGACCCUUCGGGAGCUGAAGAUGCUCCGGACAUUGAAGCAGGACAACAUCGUGGAACUGAAGGAGGCUUUCCGCAGGAGGGGGAAGCUCUACCUGGUCUUUGAAUACGUAGAGAGGAACAUGCUCGAGCUGUUGGAGGAGUUUCCGACCGGCGCUCCACCAGAUAAAGUCCGCAGCUACAUCUUCCAGCUGAUCAAAGCCAUCAACUGGUGCCACACCAACGAAAUUGUCCACAGAGAUAUUAAGCCAGAAAACCUUCUCAUCAGUUCUUCAGAUGUUCUCAAACUCUGUGACUUUGGUUUUGCUCGUAACCUGUCUGAAGGAACAGAUGCCAACUACACAGAGUACGUUGCCACGAGGUGGUACCGCUCACCUGAGCUGCUGCUGGGGGCUCCGUAUGGAAAGGCCGUGGACAUGUGGUCGGUAGGCUGCAUCCUCGGGGAGCUGAGUGACGGACAGCCUCUGUUUCCAGGGGAAAGUGAAAUUGAUCAGCUCUUCACCAUCCAGAAGGUUCUGGGUCCACUUCCUGCAGAGCAGAUGAAACUGUUCUACAACAACCCGCGGUUCCAUGGAAUCAGGUUUCCUUCAGUCACUCACCCGCAGACAUUGGAGCGGAGGUACCAAGGCAUCAUGAGCGGUCUGAUGUUGGAUUUAAUGAAGAAUCUGUUGCUGCUGAACCCGACGGAGCGUUUUCUAACUGAGCAGAGUUUAAACCAUCCCGUCUUUCAGCCUCUGAGGCAGGUGGAGCGAGAAAAAUCUUCUCCUGCGUCUCCAAACCCGCCACGCUCCUCCAAGAGGAAAACCCACCACCACGGAGAGAACACGGUUCCCACGAGGAGUCACAACAAGAGUUCGAGUCGUCGCUCCACCAGCAAAGAGUGCUCCAGCCUCCCUCGUCACGGCGACCUCCAUCACCUCAGCAACGAGAGCUUCCUGAACGGCAACAAGCCGGCUCCGUCCAGUUUGAGCCCGACGCUCCACCCGAAGGGCCAGUACCUGUCGCAGACCCUGAACCGCUCUGCCUCCUCCAGCAAAGACCUGGCUAACAACAACCUGCCGCACCUCCUCAGUCCCAAAGAAGCGAAGAACAAGACGGAGUUUGAUUUCAGUUUGGGACCGUCCACAAAGUUAACGGAUCAGGGACACGGAGCGAAGUACAGCCUCAGUAAACCGAGCUCGUCUCGCUCUCAGCAGCAGCAGCAGCAGCAGCAGCAACAGGCCGGCCGACACAACUUCCUGGAAAAUAAAACCAACACACUGCAGUCUGGAGGAGAGAAGCAACAUGGCCGCCACACCCACAGCAUGGCCGACUCCGCCCACGGGUCCAUGUCCUCCUCUUCUAAAAGCUCGGCCUCUUAUCUCAGCCUGUCCAAGAGCCACGGUGCUUUGAGCGACGCCAAAUCUGUGGGAAACCUCAGCGACGGUCGACUUCAUCCCGAUGACCCCAAUGCCAACCCGGCAGCUGUUCAAGGACCCGGAGCCCGGUUCUUCCCUGCCAGCUGUUUAGACCUCAAUGCCCCUCAAGGACCUCCAGGACCCCCCGGCAGCCCCUCAACCAGACACAGCGAUCGGUCCGGGCACAGCCCCGCCUCUCGAAGCAGUGGUAAUGUCCGCAUGGAGAGCAGCACGCUGGACUCCUCAUCCAGACACAAAUCCAGGCAUAAAUCUUUAGCCCCAGAAGAUGCUGGCGCUCCAGAGCUUUUGGACCCAGGAGGACCGGCCAUGUCCAGCACCCACACUCUGCCGUCUCCACACGAGUCGUAUCACUACGGACUAGGCUACACCUCCCCCUUCUCCUCUCAGCAGCGACCUCAGCGGCACUCCAUGUACGUGAGGAGGGAACGCCAUCGACCGCACGCAGUGGAAGGCGGCAUGGCGGGUUUGCCUCCACCGGGGCAGAACAUCCCAACGAGAGCCAGCAGCCUGCAGCUCCUGUCCCCUCAGCUGCAGCACCGGACCACCCUGACCGGACACUCAGUCAGCUCCUCGAGGGAGGACUGCACCGACGACAUGACGAGGAGUGAGCAGCCCCCUAAAGACAUGAGCCACCCCUGCCCCAUCAAAGACUCUACGAGGGACAACCCAGCUGCUUUUCAUACGCAGCGCUCUAAAAACGAGGUUGGUAUGUAUCACGACCCCCACGGUGACGAUGGAGGAUCCGCCAAAGAGAACCGCAUGAUCUUCACCGAGUCCAUGCCUCGACGAGUCGGCAGUUUCUACAGAGUCCCCUCCCCCAGACCGGAUAACUCCUCUUCUUUCCACGAAGGUGUUGGUCCAGGUCGAGGACCGGUGGGACCCGUUGUAGCCGGGGACCCGGGUGGCGUGGGGAGUCACUCCAAACGCCAGACGGCUUUCGACUGGACGGCUGCAGAGGCAAUGGUCAUGAAUCCUCCGGAGCCGACCAAAGAGAAGGAAAAACAAGGCUUCUUCAGGUCUAUUAAAAAGAAAAAGAAGAAGACACAAAUAGUUACCGGAAAUGGACAGGAACACCUGUCCCUCCAGAGGAGCUCCAAGGUGUCCUCUCACCACAGCAGCCGACGGAAAAACCGCGAGCGAUCCAGAGACAGGGACCGAGACCGGGACCAGAGCAGGGACAGGGAGAGAGAGAACAAAAGAGAGAGGGAGAGGGGGAGGGACAGAGACAGAGUCUCUGAUUGGCCCCCGGACAAACAGGUGGACUCUCACUCCCAGAGCCAACCUCUGAAGUCCCUCCGCCGGCUCCUCCACCUGUCCCCGUCCUCCUCCAACCAGGGACAGCCUCCUCCUCCAGACCUGCGCUUCCAAGCCCCCCUCCCCAACCCGCCCCAGCCUUCCAAACCGGGUUACCCCGAGAGCCGGGGCCACACAGAGAGCCGGGGCCACUCGGGGGUCAGCAGCUCAGGCCAGCCCAAGAACCGCAAGGCCAGCUACCCCUUACCGGGACAGAUCGAGUCCAGCUGGCACGUGUCGGCUUUACAGCGGGUGGAGGGGGCUCAGUUCACCCCCGAACAGCUGGGCAUCAAACCGGGUCAGAACGGACCAACCUUUACCCGGGCCUCCCGCUCCAGGAUGCCAAAUCUCAACGACCUGAAGGAGACGGCUCUGUAACCGGUCCUGAACGGCUCCAUCCUGCAAGGCCCUGGAAUAAAACUUCACCAAGGACCAGUGUGACCAGGUCACACUGGUCCACACAGAGACCUGGACCUUCUCAGGACUCUGGUCCUGCAUCAGGAGACUCUGCCUCUCUGCUGCCCCCACCUGCUCAAACUGCGCUACUGCAACGACGGUGGCCUCCAAACUCCAAGGGGGUUUCAAACUCUAUUUGAUAACAAAACAAAAGAUUUAUAUCAUUAUUUAUUAAAUAUUUAUGUUUUAAAUUCAAGGAUAUAAGCUAUAAAUGACAGCAUGUAGGGAAUAUUGUAGGAUAAUUUUGGAUUAAACGUGUAAUUGCAAGAGCUUUAGUUUCGACACAGAGAUAAUAGAUAUUUAUGUGUUAAUAUAA